AAGCAUCACUAGAUAUGGUUACAAAAAUAGAUACAUUAAUGGAAGAUUUAACAGAAAUAUUGAGAAAAUGGGAAAAAUUAAAUAACACUGAUAAGUUCAAAGUUAAUGAUGAUAAGAAUGAAGCUGCAGAUAGUAGAGCAAAUAAAUUUGAAAAAGUAAGUGUUAGAUUAAAAGAUGCAUUUCUAGAACAUCCAAAUAUAAUGCGAAUAUUGAAAGACAUAUCAAAUAUUAAGUAUAAUAUGAGGAGUUUUGUAAGGUUGAAUGGG